AUGCUACUGCUACUGCUACCCCUACUGCGACUCCUCACUUCCUCCUUCCCAUGCUCCAUUCUCACGCGUCCAAAGCGGCCACCUCAAUCCGACCUACAGUCCUCCAACCUGACAUCUGGGCUUGUUGCUCCCGCUAGCAACGCUUAUUCACGAACCUCCCUGUCUCUCUUACCGAAAUCUUUCCUGUCAUCCAACAUCACUCGUCUCCCCUUGACCGAAAUCACCCAUUACCUCGUGGCAGAAGGGUCCCAUACGGGCAUCUUCCUGGCCGUCACUUCGAGCCUGGCGGGCGCUCUUCACAAGGGUGCUUCUCGGAGAAUUGCCAUUGUACGAUUCAAGUUACUGGGCAGUUGCGAACCCAAAUAA